AUGACGCGUGAACGCCGUGAGCCCGCAACCCAGCACAGCCAGCGCAGCUCGCCGCUCUCCACGUCGCCGCCCAUCACAAUAUCCACCGCCUCCUUCGCAGCAAUCCCGCCAUCGUCCAGCGGUGCCGAUGGGAAUGCACCUACUCGUCCAGCUCUAGUCUCACGUGCAACUGGCAUCCCCGUACCGCCUUCACCCACCCGCCCACGACCCCGCCGCCGCUCGGUGCACAACUCCAAGUCUGCCUCCGCCGUCCCGACCCUCUCCAGCUUCGCCAUCCCUCGCGCCCUCCCCACGUACUGGUUGCCGACCAUGACCUCGACCGGCGGCACAAACUCCCAGACGGCUGCCGAUCUGCUGCGGCAGGUUGCGAUGCAGAGGAUGAGCAAUGACGACGACCAUGACCAGAUAGGCUCCAACAGCUCCACGCCACCGGGCGCCUCGACCCCGCGUCCCGAUCCGACCGAUAAGCGACUGCCAGGUAUCCUGCACAGUUACUUUGGCCAGGUUCGUGAUUCUUUGAUACCCCGUCGGAAGUCUUCUGCGGUCAACCCCUCCCCCGCAUCUGCACCUCAAACCGAAGAGCCGUCAUCGAAAGAGAAGGAUUCCGAUGCUAGCCGUCUGCGUUCGAACACACUGCCCAGCCCCACGCCCAGUGCUUCUUCUACUUCCCGACAUCCCUCAACCUCUCAGUUGAACGAUGGAGAAACGGAGAAGCUAACAGAAGGCGCUUAUGCGCCGCUGCAUAACCAGGCCACGCCUCCUCAGACACCCCGCACACGCUCGCAGGAAGGCAAGCGGCCUACCUCGAGUCUGUCUCAGACCACGCUCGCGUCAAACGCAAAGGCGAAGGAGAAGGAGAAGGAGAAGGAGAAAGAGAGCCGAGAGCGAGGACCCGGUGAUGUUGGCCCACCGAAGGGCAAGCUGUCCCUUGCCAUCUCAGAAGGAAGGGAUCUUCGACCCAGCGUCGACCCGUAUGUUGUGUGUCAGUUCCAAUGGGCUGAAUACAUCUCGGAUGGUCCGCGGAACGAUGCAGCCAAAGACAAGCGGCACCCGCUCGCUAUUCAGCGAACUGACAGUGAGACUGGGAAGCCAAUGGCGAUCCCAAUGCGAAGUCGGCAGAGCAGCAACAACGGCACCAGCUCAGACCCACGUGAGAAUGGCUCAUUGAAGGACGUCACUAACCCAAAGUGGGAGCACGAGGCGAUCUUCGAUGUCGUUGGGGACCACUCGGAAAUUGACAUUUCCGUGUACGACCGCAGUAAUGGCGAGGCCUUCCUUGGCCAUGUCCGCUUUUGUCCCAACUUAGUAGAAUACGAAAAGCCUUACGAUGGAUGGUUUACUCUUGAACCGCGAGACGGCGAGGAAGACUACGUAUCCGGAGAGAUCCAUCUUCGAAUCAAUUUCCAGAAGACUGACAAGAAGCACUACGGUCCCGAGGAUUUUGAAAUCUUGAAGCUCAUCGGGAAGGGUACGUUCGGCCAGGUCUUCCAAGUACGCAAGCGGGACACUCGACGGAUAUACGCCAUGAAGGUGCUUUCCAAGAAGGUCAUCGUGCAGAAGAAAGAGGUGGCUCAUACGCUUGGCGAACGCAACAUCUUGGUACGAACAGCAAUGGCCGACUCUCCAUUCAUCGUUGGCUUGAAGUUUUCUUUCCAGACCCCUUCCGACCUUUACUUGGUAACAGACUACAUGUCUGGCGGUGAGCUCUUCUGGCAUCUUCAGCGUGAAGGUCGUUUCCAGGAAGGCCGUGCCAAGUUUUACAUCGCCGAGCUCAUCCUCGCUCUGCAGCAUUUGCACGAGCACAACAUUGUUUAUCGCGAUCUGAAGCCAGAAAACAUCCUUUUGGACGCCAAGGGCCACAUUGCGCUUUGUGACUUCGGUCUUUCAAAGGCAAACUUGACUGAGAAUGCCACCACGAACACGUUCUGCGGUACUACCGAAUACCUGGCGCCCGAGGUGCUUCUCGACGAACAUGGCUACACCAAGAUGGUGGACUUCUGGUCUCUAGGUGUGCUUGUCUUCGAGAUGUGCUGCGGUUGGAGUCCAUUUUACGCGGAAGACACCCAGCAAAUGUACAAGAACAUCGCAUUCGGAAAAGUACGAUUCCCACGAGACGCCCUCAGCACCGAGGGACGUAACUUUGUGAAGGGCCUACUCAACCGAAACCCGAAGCACAGACUUGGUGCCACGCGCGAUGCUGAGGAGUUGAAGGCACACCCUUUCUUUGCGGACAUCGAUUGGGAUGCUUUGUCCAAGAAGAAUGUCGUACCGCCAUUCAAGCCUAAGUUGAAGUCAGAGCUGGACGUCUCGAACUUCGAUCCUGAGUUCACGAACGCACUGAACGGAAACGGAUCUCUGAACGCGCGUGCGGCUGCCUUGGCCUCGGGUGUCAACCCUGCAUCGACGCCGCUGUCGCCGACAAUGCAAGCCAACUUUGCAGGCUUCACAUUCGUCGACGAAAGCACCAUGGAUCAACAAUUCGCCCACAAGCACCGGGAGCACGAGCCUGAGCGUAUGGACGAAGACGACAAGGAUGACAUCAACUGGGACAAGCCCGCAGGACGGGGCGACCGCAUGAGCGGCGUCAUCCCUAGUAACGAUCACGACAUAUUCCAUCACGGAAACUUCGACGUCUAA